UUCGAAGUCCACGUCCCGUUUAGUUUGUUUGAAUCGGUGACGGUGUAACUAUCACUGUUCGUCUCUCCGGCUUUUCGAAGCGAGUCACGCUAUUUAACAAUAAUACAAUUCUUUUCAUACCCAUUAUGAUUAUUGUAUGGUGAAGAAAAUUAAAAUAAAAAGUGUUUCAAAGCUACUGGGUAGACAAGUUUUGAUUGUAUGAAGUAUACAGACAUCACGAACGUUCCAAAUCUUUUACAUUUUUUUUUAUUAUAUUGUUCUCUACUCUAAUUAACUUUUGCACUACUUCAUAACUACCCUGAAUUGUGUGUGCGGAGUUUGUUCCUUAAAAAAGAAAUUUUCUUUUUUACUUUACAAUAAAAACUUUUUCUCAAGGAAAUUAAACAUAAUUUCUUGAACUACAUUUUGGGGGUCUUUUGAAUUAAAUUAAUUUAUAUUUUUCUUGAUCCCAGAUUUAAAGAAAAAAUAUAAAGAAACAGAAUAAACUAACAUAGUGCGGUUACGUGUUUGAUUUUUUUUGCAUGCAAGAAAAGGUGAACUAAAAAAAAGAAGAAAUAUAUAGCAAAAAAAAAAGAACCCAACUGCUGAUAAGAAAUAAUCAACAGAAUUUAAUACAACAGCCAUUUAGUUAUUUUAUUUUCCUUUCGCGGGUGAAUAAUAAUGCUUUCCGAGGGAGUAAUUUGCAUAUCAGUUCCGUGAUGAUUAAUGUGAUAGUGAAUAGUGAAAUCCUUGUGUCUACCCUGUCAACUGUAGUGUAAUUUAUGAAUUAUUUUGAUGAAAGUAAUUAUGUCACGAAGGAAGCAGUCGAAUCCGAAACCUCUGCUAAAAAGGGAAGACGAAGAUUACCAGGGAGAGGAAGGAGGCGGUGGAGGGUUGCAGAAUGAUGGCCAGAUAUCACCCUCCACCGAAGUGGGCCAGUCUGAAUCACCUCUCAGUCAGUCAGAGUCACUACACUCACCUAGAUCUCCAACAUGUAGUUCACCAGCUCCAUCGCCGCAUGAUGCUCAGCGGGAUCACCCCGAACGUCCCUCACCGCCAGAUAGUGUGACUGAGGUGAACAGUGAACCGCCGAAACCUACGCUACGCCUAAAUACAAAAUUAGCCUCAGAUCCAGCCCUGCAACCCGAAGCAAAGGAUCUCAAGGAUGCCAUUAGACUGAGUAGCGAAGAUGAGAAGACUGUGGAUACAGUGGAGGAGACGGAGAAGAAACUCACAAAAUCCCUCAAAGAUAUUCGAAUGGAGAAGGUUAUUCAUGGCACGAGAACAUCUCCCGUUGAUGCCCUUCCGGCUGCUGUGCCAAGAAUUCAGGUCUUCACCUGCGGUCCCUGUGGCAUACGCUUCUCAUCCCUGUCAACACUGGAGGCCCAUCAGACGUACUACUGUUCCCACAGGAAGGAGCCCGAAGAUGGUGGGGGCCCUGCCAAGGGAACAGCUUCGGGAGAUUCCCCAGGGAAUCAAGAACCUCCAGCGAAGGCUCUGCGAACGGGGAAGCAGUAUGCGUGUAGUCAGUGUUCGUACUCAGCGGACAAGAAGGUCUCCCUCAAUAGGCACAUGCGGAUGCACCAAACAUCCCCAGCACCUAGUUCUACCACAUCAAAUGGCGAUGAGCCACCUAGUCAGACGUCUCAGGUCGAUCGCUACUGCUCCGACUGCGAUAUCCGCUUCUCAAGCACAAAAACCUACAGAGCACACAAGCAACACUACUGCAGUUCUAGACAUAGAGAUGGACAAAUUCUCAAUCAUGUUUCAUCAAAACCCCCUUCCCUCGUCAAGGGUGGCUCUCAGAGUCCCCCGGAGAUUGCCAAGAGUCCCCCAUCGGCACAACCACAAGCCUACCUAGCCCUUCCAACUAAUCCCAUUGUGAUUGUCCCAUGUUCCGUGAUACGUGGUGCCAGUCUCCUUCCGGGACCACUCACGUCUCUCGCACAGAAUGUCACGAAUCCCGAGGCGACGUGCUUCCUGCUGCAGAACGGCUCCCUUACACCCAUUGCUCAGGCACUAUCAGUUCAGCCGCACAUUCCCAAUCAGCCCCCGUCUCGUGGUCCAACACCAGCUGCGGAGAAGGAUAAUGGUGUUGUGGCCAUUCCGGAUGUGUUGCGUGUGGUGAAUAAGAAGGAUCAUCAACAGCCACGUGAUCCAACAAUUCCUCUUGAUCUCUCAGUUCGACGGAUGACAACUGCACGAGAACGAUCGCAGUCCUUCUCCUCUGUAACUUCGGCGGAUGCCAAUAGUCGCCCUGAUGUUGAUGUGAGUGCUGAAGGGAAGGAAAAUGUCUCCGUGGGCAGUGAUUCUCUCACCCCUGAACAAAUAGUCUGUGCCCCAUCUCUUCCGGGUAGCCCCCCAUUGACUCCAUCGCCAAAACGACGCUCCAACAGCCCCCGCGGUGGUAGUAUCUCAGUUUCACCCAAUUCCAUCCUUAUGCGCCCCCUUUUGCCGGCUGAACUCACGCCCCAGGUGCUUGUUCGACUGAAUAGUGAGGCUGUCCUGCCGCCCCUUGUCCCGGGGCCUAGUCCUGGUGCCCCACCUGCAACAGCUACCCCUCUUCCGCCACAAAUAUUCGUCAAACAGGGUGUGUCAAAGUGCAAGGAGUGCAACAUUGUCUUCUGCAAGUAUGAGAAUUACUUGGCACACAAGAAGCACUACUGCUCAGCACGGAAUCUCGAUGAUCCCGAGGGGGCUAAAGUGAGCCCACCCGUUAGCCCAACAGCCACGAGUCCCCUUGCAGCUGCAGGACAGCAAGCAAUUCCCGUGGCAGGUGGUGGGUUAGCCUAUCAGCAACUAAUCUGUGCUGCAUGCGGAAUUAAAUUCACCUCCCUGGACAAUUUGAGUGCCCACCAAAUGUACUAUUGCCCCAAGAGGGUGGAACUUGCGGUUCAGCAAUCGCUGAUCCAGAAAGAUCGCUGUGGGAAGUGCAAGAUCAGUCAUGAUCCCAACAUUCCGUGCCCUCCGACGCAUGCUGGUGGCUCCCUGGGCACCGGUGGGGGCUACAAAUGCCCCAUUUGUGACGUCGUGAGUACCAAUGCGGCUGAAUCACGACGCCACAUGGAAACCCAUGGGGGUGUUAAGGCCUUCCGGUGCUCCAUUUGUCGCUACAAAGGGAACACCCUGCGUGGGAUGCGUACCCACAUCCGGAUGCAUUUUGAGAAGAAAACAACGGACUUUAAUGAGGAAAACUACAUAACGUGCAUCCUCGAGGAGGAUGGUGUGGAAAUUCCGCCGGCGGCACAAAUUAAUCCCGAAGCAUUGCAGCCGCAGAUGCACUCAUGCGAUCUCUGCAACUACUCAUCCAGCUACAAAGGCAACGUGGUGAGGCAUAUAAAGUUGGUACAUUCACAACCAAAUAACCAAUCGUGCUCCCCAAGUAUCGGUGAGGGUGGUGAGAGUCUCAUUCACAAUGGCACCAGCAGCAGCGGCGGAGAUCUCUCUGGGGCAUCCAUCAAGAUCUCCGUGCAACCUGCUCACCCUUCGCGGCCAUCGAGCCAUGUUUCUGUGUCGGUAAAAAUUGAACCUGAGCAGGAUUUCAGCAAGGCUGACACUGAACCGGAGCUUGUGAUUGACGACAGUGACGUUGUGGUGAAAGUGGAGGCAACAGAGCGCUCUGAGACCCCACUGGGACCUCCACCAUCGCGAAAAACUCCUUCGCCGGACGAUUCAAUGCUCACAGGUGGGCCAAAGUACUGCAAAACGUGCGACAUUCGCUUCAACUACCUUAACACCUUCAUUGCCCACAAGAAGUUCUACUGCAAGGGUGUCCCCGUGGACGCCAUGCUCCCCGACAGAAUAGCCGAUGUGACGGCAAAUAAUAGCGCCAGCCCCAAGAGAUCCCCAACAUCUCCUGCUCCAGCUGUUGUCACAACAUCAGUCCUCUAAACAGAGGCAACAACACACAAAAAGAAAUUCCAAAUUUGUGAGCUCUUCUCGUACGCGCUCAGACAGUGGCCAGUUGUAUACGAUUUAUAAAAACAAAAAGAGAACUAGAAACUCACCCUUCUCCUCCUCCCUUCUGAUGAGCCUAAUUGUCUAGAUGACUGUUUUCGUGCAUACUCCACCCCCUCCGACUCUCUCUCACUCUCUCGAACUCCUUUAAAAUAGCAAAUAGAAUGGAAAAACAAAUAAAAUUAAAAUAAUAUAUCACAUCAAAUACUAAAAAAAAAUAUUCAAUCUUGUAAACGAUAGUUUAAUGCAAAAGAAAAAUGUGAAUUUAGUGAAAUGCAGAAGAAUCUAACUACAUAAAAAUCCGCUUAUUGCCAUAAUUCCGCGCAGGUAUAAAAAAAAAGCAUUGAAACCCUUAAGAAAAACAGAUUUAUAGAAAAGAAAAAGCUUCAUGUUAGACAUUGCAAGUUUAAAGGAACAGAAAAAAUAGCCAUAAAUAGAAGAAAUAUUCAGCUUAAUUGUCCCUCAAAAAAGAGAAUUUAUUCUCUUCUUUAAAAUGAUCCAAAAAUAAACCACAGGGUGUCUCAUUGAAAUUGCUUAAUUAAUUCUUUGCCUCCAAGACAGGAUUCAAAUACACGUUUAUUAAAAAAAAAUAAAAAGCUUUCAAUGACUAUUUUUUUGAGUUAUUUAGUGAUUUACUUUACGUACACUACUCGUCAAAAGUUUCCGGUCAAGCACAAAUAAAACUAUUGUAUUAUUUUGUCUAAAUCUUUUUUUUCAGAGUCAGAGGACAUAAUUAGCUAUAAUUUGAAUCCAAGUUUAAGAAAUAAUAAUCCUACACACUAAAAAUUUUCACCGUAAAUUUUACGAAAUAGGCAUUUUACGGUGAAUGUCUUACUUUUCUUUUUAUUUGUACUAAAAUUUUAGUUACAUUAAUUUUACAAAAGUUUGCGAGAAAACCUAAAUUUCUUAGUUUUUUUUUUAACGAAAUUUUAGUAAACUAUAUGAGUUCAUCGUACAUUUCUAUUAAAUUUUGUUAUUUUUAAAUAUAUUUUUAAGUUUACAGGUAAUUUAUGUUCAAAAAUUAAACUAAAAUUUUGUUUUAUUUUACUAAAUUUUUACGUAAUGAUAAAAAAAUUAAGAAAAUUAGGUUGUAUUAGUAAAAAAAAAAAUUCAACUAUAACUUUUAGUAAAAGAAAACUAGGAGAUUUCUUUAAUUUAACUAUACUUUUAGGAAAUUCUCUGGUUUUACGUUUAAAAAUUUAAAAGAGAAAUUUUCCCGUAAAAGUACAUUUAUGGUGAAUUUAGUACCAAAUUAACUAAAAUUAUUUUUAGUGUGUUGAAAGCCUAUAAAUAACGAUUUGACCGAUUUAAAAAAAAAUUGCCAAUUUUUGGUGGGUUUUUGAAAAUCGGUUAACCACAGUCGGAAAGCUUUGAUGUGUAGUGAAAAAGGAAAUCCUCCCUUUAUUAAAAAUCAUAUUUUCCUGUCGAAAUGUAAAGGAAAAACGACAAAAACCCGAAAGAAAAUUAUUUUCUGAAUCAAUUUUAAAUUAUUAUUCAGAUUAAAAAUAACUUUCAUUUUAUUUUAUUAAAAUUAAAAAUUAAAGCUACAAAAAAUUACAAAUUUUGCUCUUAUUUUUAGACACCCUGUGCACUACUUAUAAAUGUAUCUUCAGAACUCCAUGCGGAGGAAAAACUUUCAACUAAAUUUUAUUUUGUAAAUAUUUUUAAUAAAACUUCCAUAAAAUGAAACCUUUCUAAAGAAAAUCUUUCAAAAAAAAAAAAAGAAAAUGAAAAAUUUGGUGAAAAAAUGUGAGAAAAUGGAUUAUGGCUAAAUCUGUGAAUGAAUUCAGAGGGCUGCAAAAAAUUAAUAAACUUCCGUAUACGGUUUAAUAAGAAAGAAAAAAAGUAUAAUUAGAUUAACUAAAAACAAUGUAAAAGAUGAACGUAAUUUUGUUCUAUUUUUGAGAAAAAAAUUAUUUUUUUCGAAUCAAAAAGAAACGUGCAAUAAUGUGUCCAAGGAUCGUGCACACAUUUUCUUUCCUUCUCAUUUAAGGAUUUAAACACUAAAAAAAAGAGAAAACAUUAUCAUGUAGUCUUCGAAAAAAAAAUCUUUCUUCUUAAUUAAUUCUUCUAAAAAAUAUUAUAAAUUCUUCGACGUAUUAAGCCAAAGUUGAUUGCAUAUAAAAGUAAUUAAAAAAAACUGAAAGAAUAUGAUUUAUUUUUUUCUCCCAAAUGCUGUAUAUAUCUAGAUAUUAUACCUACAUAUACAUUGUAUACAUUUUAUUAUCAAGAAUUUAAUGCUGUAUAACCGAGUAAAUCUGAUUGAAAUGCAUUUAAUAGUUUAACACCAAUUAAAAAAAAAAAGAAAUAAUAUUUUUUAUUUCUCUGUGAAUUGAUACGAUGUGUAAAACCACGAUUUUUUUAUUAAUUUUAAUUUUAAAAAAAACACUCGAAUUUGUUGUUAGUUUUUUUAGUCUUUAAGGAAUACAACCUAUUAAAAAAUUGGAUGAUGAAGAAAAUAUUGUAAUUGCAAAUAAUGGAAUAUGAAUUACAUUAUAUAUAUAAAAAAAAUAGCGCAAGAUGAUAAGAAAUGACAAUAAAUUAUUUAUUUGCAAAAAUCAA